GGAAAAAGAUAGAGAGAGGAAGAGGGAGGGAGAGAGAGAGGGGAGUAUCUUCUAAGGCUGCAGGAGUCCACGGGGGAAGAGAGCAGGGGUUUGAGGGAUUGCGAGGUGGGCAGAGAGGAGAGGCAGGAGAGACAGCAGCAGGCUGAAGAGGAGCCACACAGACACACAAACGUUGACCCUGCCUCCUGAAGUCUCCGACACCGCACAGAGGGAGGAACGGGAGGAACGGGAGGAGGAGGCUACCAGACUGGACUCGGAGACUCAGGAGGGAAAGAGAGAAGCAGAGCACAGAGGGAGGGAGAGAGAGAGAGAGAGAGAGAGAGAGAGAGAGAGUAAAGGAAAAGAAGGAAGGAUCACAGUGUAUGUGAGAGAGAGAAAGAGAGAGAGAGAGAGUGUGUGUGUUUUUAGUUGAAGCAGACAGACUGGCUGACCUGCCUCCCCAUAGCGGAUCUUCCUGUUUGCUGAUGACUUAAGCAGAGGCCUUCGUGUGAGCAGUUUCAGAGCGCGAGAGAGUGUGUGUGUGUGUGUGUGUGGGGUGGCCUCUGUGCACACGUGUCCAACUGAACUGAGCUGAACGUGGAGCUGGGGGCUGGACGCCGAGCUGGCCCGGACCAUGUGGCCAGCAGCGCAGACUGGACGCGUCCCAAGCUGAUCGCGCUCACCAGACGCCGCGACCAAAGUCAGUCGUCAGCCGCCAAAAACGCACGCCGACCUCGCCGCCGCCGUGCCAUGAGCCAACAUGACUGACAGGACGGAAACCCCGGGCCAGGCCCCCGAACAGGCCCUCGACCAGCCAGGGGCCGUGCCGGACAGGAUGACCCUGAACUCCCUCCUGGACAGGCACAGGAAGAGCAUCAAUCACUCCCUCAGCCUGAUCCCCUUCACCUACCGCCGACACUCCUGGGUCUGUUUCGAUGUGGAGAAUGGCCCCUCUGCCAGCUGCAGUCCGUUGGACCCUCAGGCCUCGCCGGGCUCGGGCCUGGUCCUGCACACCAACUUCCCGGGCCACAACCAGCGGCGGGAGUCCUUCCUCUACCGCUCGGACAGCGACUACGACCUCUCGCCAAAGUCCAUGUCACGGAACUCCUCCAUCGCCUCCGAGUUGCACGGGGAUGAUCUGAUCGUCACACCUUUCGCUCAGGUUCUUGCAAGCCUUCGAAGUGUAAGAAAUAACGUCACUGUCUUGACCAAUGUCCAGUGUGCCUCCAACAAGAGGUCUCCUGCGGGGCCUCAGCCCAAUAUGACCAGAGUCUGCCUGCCAGAUGACUCCUACCAGAAGCUGGCCAUGGAGACCAUGGAGGAGCUGGACUGGUGUCUGGACCAGCUGGAGACCAUCCAGACCUACCGCUCUGUCAGCGACAUGGCGUCCAACAAGUUCAAAAGAAUGCUGAACCGGGAGCUGACGCACCUGUCCGAGAUGAGCCGAUCUGGCAACCAGGUGUCCGAGUUCAUCUCCAACACCUUCUUAGACAAGCAGAACGACGUGGAGAUCCCGUCGCCCACGCCGAAGGCCCGGGAGAAGAAGAAGAAGCAGCAGCUGAUGACUCAGAUCAGCGGUGUGAAGAAAGUGUCCCACGGACCCAGCCUCUCCAACUGCAGCGUGAUCGCCCGCUUUGGAGUCAAGACGGACAAGGAGGACCUGCUUGCCAAGGAACUUGAAGACCUAAAUAAAUGGGGAUUGAACAUCUUCACCGUGUCAGAAUACUCCCACCACCGGCCUCUCACCUGCAUCAUGUACGCCAUUUUCCAGGAGAGGGAUCUGCUGAAGACGUUCAAGAUCCCGGCGGACACGUUUGUGGCCUACAUGAUGACGCUGGAGGACCAUUACCAUUCAGACGUGGCCUACCACAACAGCCUGCACGCCGCCGACGUGGCCCAGUCCACUCACAUCCUGCUCUCCACGCCUGCGCUAGACGCCGUCUUCACAGACCUCGAGAUCCUCGCUGCCAUUUUCGCUGCUGCCAUCCAUGAUGUGGACCAUCCAGGAGUGUCCAACCAGUUCCUCAUCAAUACAAAUUCUGAGCUGGCCCUCAUGUACAAUGAUGAGUCGGUCCUGGAGAACCAUCAUCUGGCCGUGGGCUUUAAGCUGCUACAGGAGGACAAUUGCGACAUCUUCCAGAACCUCACCAAGAAGCAGAGGCAGUCCCUCAGGAAGAUGGUCAUCGACAUGGUACUGGCCACAGACAUGUCCAAGCACAUGAGCUUAUUGGCAGACCUGAAGACCAUGGUGGAGACCAAGAAAGUGACGAGUUCUGGAGUACUGCUUCUCGACAACUACACUGACAGGAUACAGGUCCUGCGGAACAUGGUGCACUGUGCUGACCUGAGCAACCCCACCAAGUCCCUGGAGCUGUACCGGCAGUGGACCGACCGCAUCAUGGACGAGUUCUUCCACCAGGGCGACCGCGAGAGGGAGCGGGGCAUGGAGAUCAGUCCGAUGUGCGACAAGCACACGGCAUCUGUGGAGAAGUCCCAGGUGGGCUUCAUUGACUACAUCGUCCACCCUCUGUGGGAGACGUGGGCAGACCUGGUCCACCCCGACGCACAGGACAUCUUGGACACGCUGGAGGACAACAGGAACUGGUACCAGAGCAUGAUCCCUCAGAGCCCCUCACCCCCGUACGAGACUGACAAAGAGGGCCAGGGCGGCGGCGGCACGGGGGACAAGUUCCAGUUCGAGAUGACCCUGGAGGAGGAGGACUCAGAGGGCACGGAGAAAGACGAGCAGAGUCAGGGGGAUGAGGAGGAGGAGGAGGAGGAGGAGGAGGGGGAGGAAGGGGAGGAGGAGGAAAGGGAGGAGCCCAUGGAACCGGCCACCACGCACAUCGAGAUCGUCACGCAUGACGCCUCACCCGUGGACACAUAGGACCUGCUCUUUACCUGUCAGGCGCUUAAACAUGGCCGACACGGGUCUUUCACGUUUUCCUUUAUCAAGAGGGAAGGAAAUCUUGCUUAAAGGCAAUGUUUUUUGAGAAGCCCAAAAGGGGGGCGUCUAUUUGAGUCCCCUUUGGUGGGGGUGAGAGUCACACCCCCUCCAUGCACUUGCUUUUGGAGCCAGAGAUGGACAGUUUCCGUGGGAACGACCACAGAGCUCUCAGGAAAAAAAUGCUGCAGACAUUUUGGACCUGAUUGAUUGACAGGUGACUUGGGGAAAAUGAAGGAUCGGGGCCAACCAAAUGACGUUUGUUUUCACUCAGACAAGCGUUAGACGUGUUGACACUACUGAAAGAGAGGAUGUUUUUUGUACCAAGUGACUUUUUAUCAAGCUAACGGGAUGUCAGGAGGUAGCAAAAUGAACUACUGACAAACACGUUAUUUGUAAAGACAGAAACUGUUUACUUUUUUCUGUACCAUUUGUCUACAGACUUUGUGUGCCUUUUUUACUAUUGUCUUUUUAAGAGUCUUUUUUAUUUAUUGAACACACUUUAGUAAAAAAUGUAUGUGAAAUGUUUUUGUUUUCUAAGGAAAAACAGCUUCAGAGUAGAAUUGUUUUGUAUUUCAGCAGAAAAAGAGAACUCUGUGUCUUCCUACGAUAUUAGGCAAUAUUAAGAAUGAUCCAAACAUCAAACAACCGGUCAAAGUCCAAUUUUUCCCAUGAGACGUGCACUUUCUCUCACCUUUUUUGUUGUUUUGUCUGUGUUUUCAUAUGUACACAAUACUUGUUUGUGUAGAGAUCUGUAUAAUUCAGUACCUCUGUCAGCAGACAUAUUGCCUGUUCAAAAUGAAGGCCCCAAAUGUCUGAUUGGUCACAAGUGUUGUGUAAUGCACACACUGCCACAGUAUCUAUCGCCAAUUGAUCCAGUACCCAGUACCAUGGAAAGCCUUAAUCAACAAAACCACUUUGGCAGAGAUCAGUUGCUGGCAGGAGGGCUGGGGAGAGGUCAGCCUAAUCAUGUAAUCUGCACUUCAGCAUCAGUCAGGCCAAAGUCAUUUUCACUUCAAAGUUUUCCGCCGUUAUAUACUUAUCCUGUUAG